CAAUCUAACGACGAGAGAAGAAAGAAGGCGAUCGUCUCUGGUCCGCGAGCGAGGGAGAGAGCAGUGAGAAGGUAAAGGGGAAGCCGCGCCUGCAGUUCAAUCAUCAGAGAGAUACGCUAAAUUUAAGAACGUGAAGAAACUGAGAAGAAAUUAGGGUUCUAUUUGGUACGAUGUCGAAGAAGAAAGGGAGUGGUAAUACUAUGACGCUUAAGGAUUUCCAUGGAGGUUCUAUCCCUAAUGAUCUGCCUCUCCCGUCUGCUCCUGGAGUAACCGUCAGACCUUCAGAUCGGACUAGUUUCGAUCGCCCUACAUCAUGGGGGAACCCAAUGAACAGGUCGGACCAUCGGUCUAGGCCGCAUUCAUCUCCGGCAAUCAGUCAUUUUGAUGACAAAACUCCAUUUCUCGCUCCUGCUGCACAUAUUGGCCGAAAUUUCGAUGAGGAUGAAAGGAAGCCUCUGGGCGGUGUAACACCUCCACGUCGAACUAUCAGUGAUGAGAGCAUUAGGGUUCUGCCUAGUCGUUCAGAGUUGAAGCAUGACUAUGAAUCAAGUGGGAGGCAGAGGAUGGCUCCAAUGUCGCAGUUUCCAACUUCUGGUGCAGUAAAUUCGUACGCAGGGAGAGUUGGUGACGCGUUCAACUCAGGUGUUGCUUCUCAGAAUUCAGGUGGAGGCAGCGGGAUGGCCUUUUCUGGGGCUCAUCCAAAUGCUUGGCAAGUAAGGAAGGAGGUGGUUUCUGUGGUUAAAGAACAUUCUCAUUCUGCGUGGGCUGGACCUAGUGCUGUCUCAAAGCUUGCUCAUGCUAGUGCUCUCGAAAAGGUGUCUUCAGGGAGAUGGCAGUCACAAACGUCCGUUGGUUAUCAAACUGAUGUGGUCGUUGUCGCAUCUUCUGAACCAGAUAUUAAAGUUCAGUCAAAGGGUUAUGGUAGUUCCUCUGACAAGGUUGAUGUAUUGUAUGGUAGGGAACUUCGUGAUGCUUCAUUAGCUAGGCAUGCAGGAAGACAACUUGGCAUAGAUGAUGGAACCGAGGGAAAUAGACAAGCUUUUUCCGAGCGUGAUAGAGUUGUAGUUCCUAAAUAUCAUGCUGUUAAAGAUAGAUCUUCUAAAAUGGAUGUUUCUGUAGUUCAGCAUUCUGAGCCUAAUCAAAUGGCUGGCGUGGGUCCAGUAGUCUCAGAACGCCCAAAGUUGAAAUUACUUCCAAGAACAAAGCCUUUGACAGGUUCAGAACCCAUUGCUCCUGAUAACAAGCAGAUGAUUCCUAAUGCUGUUUCUGCUGAAAAUGUGAAUGAAGUGCAUGGAAAUUCAAAUUAUGUGAAACCUAGUUCAGCUGGUUCUGAGAGUGGGAAGGAAGGAAUUGAGCGUCCAAAAUUGAACCUGAAGCCCCGGUCACAACCCAUUGAACAACCGGAAGGAAUUAGGGGGAGAGACAGGAUUUCUUUGUUUGGUGGUGCUCGCCCACGGGAGCAGGUUCUGAAGGAACGAGGGGUUGAUAAUACCACUAAUAACAACCAUGAUCUUGUUCAAAAUUCCGGAAGGAUUGAAGAAAACAUUUCAAGAACUGAGAGGGUUCAAGGGCCCCCAGUUCCUGUGCAUCGAACUGGAAAAACAGGGCAGGGUAUGGAAGGUGAGAGAAGGGAUAACAGGGCAGAUCCAGAGAUGCAAAGGAGGAAUUUCUCUGAUAAUCGGAGGAGGGAUAGAGACACUGAAAGACGACAGCAGCAGCAGCAGCAGCAGCAGCUCGAGCGGCCACCUUCUCCAGAGACAUGGCGCAAGCCUGUUGAGCAGCAGCCAAAGCCUGCCUCGAACUCUACCGACGUGUGUCCUGGGAAAGUAGCUUCAGCACUUGAGCUGGCUCAAGCCUUCUCUAGGUCGGUUUCGGAUUCAAACGUGGCCGAUCGGGUUCCCAGUCAAAGCAACCUCCCAGGACGGCCUCAGAUGCCUUUUUCACGGCUUAUGGGGUCAUCCUCUAGACCCCAAAUCAAUGGUUAUUAAAAUAUCAACUGUUUUAGGUCCAUGGGAAAGAAAAGAGGGAACAAACAUAAUUAGCAAGAAAAGAAAAGUUGAAACUUAGUUUGUUGUUUGGCAUUGCUAUAUGGUAAAAGUAAUUGUAUUGACAGUGAUACAUAGGCAGCUUCAUUAAUUUCCAUAGCUAAGACUUUCUGGAAUGCUUAUUCCACAGUAUUGCAGAAUCAUAGUUGAUCCAAAACUGGACGUCUGACUUUCUUAUUAUAA